AUGAGGUCCCCUGGCGUUGAGUCGUGCCUCUUCCCGUGCAUCGCCUCUUCUACUAGCUCAUCAGCAACUGUGUUCUGGGAUAAGUUUGAAUGGGAAGUCACAAUUUCGGCCGGCUCGUUGCUGCAGAGUCUCAUGCAGUCGUGGGCCAUUGUGCUAGCCAAGUAUACAGGCUCUGAUACACUUCGCUUCGGUGCCUUGUCUGGUUCGACGGGCAAACAGGGUUGCGAUGAGAUAUCGAUGCAAUGUCAACUCCAUGAGUGGAAAUACAAAGAGCGGAUCAACACAUGCGUGGCGACUAACUUACACCCGGAGUGGUUGACUGACUGGAAAAGUUCUAUUGAUCAUGGCAUUCAGCUCUUGCUGGUGGCAACACAGCAAGAAUGGCCGUGCAUCUCCUUGUAUGUUCGAUAUUUGAGCACCGCGUUGCAGCAUAUCCUUCAAUCUACAUCAGCGCAUCCAAGCGAGCUACUGCAUAGCAUUACUUUGACUCCCGACAAUCAUUAUCGCCAGAUCUGUGACUGGAACAGACACAUCCUCAAACAGCCAUUUGUUCAAUGCAUCCAUGACAUUAUUCAGGACAAAUGCAUCGAAAAUUCAGAUGCAGAGGCAAUAAAUGCCUGGGACGGUGCAAUGAGUUACGCCUCCUUGGACCAGGAAUCAGCCAAGGUUAUGAGUCUGUUGAAUCGACAAGGUGCUGGACCGGAAAGAAUUGUCCCUGUGCUUUUCGAGAAGAGCAAGUGGACUGUUGUGGCCAUGCUCGGAGUAUUUAGGGCCGGAGCCGCCUUUGUUCUGCUGGAACCGUCCCAUCCUCUGGAGCGGCUUCAAAACAUCUGCCAGGAUGUUAGUGCUCAAGUUGUCCUAACCUCUGAGCUUCACAAGAAGGUCGGGUUGCAGCUGGCCGACAUCGUCAUCGCAGUACCCAAUGACAUGGAAAACGGAGCUCUCUGUCGUAGCAAAGACUAUCCGCCGCAGAUUCAGGUCAAGCCAGGUAACGCAGCAUACGUUGCUUUCACUUCUGGGUCCACAGGAAAACCAAAAGGGAUAGUCAUUGAACAUGGUUCGUUCUGUACCAAUGCGAUGGUCAGUUCUGAAGCGCAAAAUCUGAACGCGUCUUCCCGCGUGCUUCAAUUUGCCUCUUACGCCUUUGAUGUCAGCAUUCAUGAAACUCUAGUGCCCCUCAUGCUUGGAGGAUGUGUGUGCAUUCCCUCGGCUGCCGACAGAGUCGAUUGUCUAGAAGAUACCAUUUUCCAGCUACGGGUCAACUGGAUGGAGCUGACCCCAUCCGUCGCGCGGCUCCUAAACCCCCAACGACUUCCCGCCGUCAAGACCCUGGUCGUGGGUGGCGAGUCUAUUUCGCCUUCAGAGGUCAUCCGUUGGGCGCCACAUCUCCGUCUAGCUGUUGCGUAUGGCCCUGCGGAAUGCACGGUGGUAUCGCUCGUGCAUCCAAAUUUUACCAAAGAUGCUGAUCCCUUUUCCAUCGGUUGGGCCUGUAGCGGUUCAGUAUGGGUCGUCGAACCUGAGGAUCACAACAAAUUGGUCCCUAUUGGUGCCGUGGGCGAAUUGGUAAUCGGAGGGCCCAUUGUGGGCAGGGGAUACUUGCAUCGGCCCGAACAAACGGCUGCUAACUUCAUUCGAAAUCCUCAUUGGCACAGGGCAGAGAACAGCCGAUUCUACAAGACUGGGGACCUGGUGCGCCAAAGGACUGACGGGAGUGUGUCAUUUCUAGGCCGCAAAGAUACUCAAGUCAAAUUGCGAGGGCAACGAAUUGAACUUGGGGAGAUCGAACACCAGGCUGCCGAGUUCUUUCCAGGUGCUGCAAUAGCUGUGGAGGUUGGCAAGCUUUAUCAUGGCCAUUCGAGUUUGGUUGUGUUCGUGGACUGUUGGGCGACUCAUAAUAAAGAUCGCCAUCAAUUCUGGCCGAGUGCCCUUCGAGCUAAAACAGGCCUUGCACAGAUACUCCCGCCUUACAUGGUCCCGGACUUGAUGGUGCCCUUGAAGGCGUUGCGAUCGAUGAUUUCUAGCUGGUCUAGGGAAGAAGUCAAAAAGUACCAGCCCACGGCGCCUUUUAUAUCCUCCAAGGCAAGCCAUCACGAUCCUGCUGCGUCAGAGGCCACUCAGCAAAUGAUCGAUUUGGUUGCGCGUGUUCUAUCACUCGAUGCGAGUGAUAUUAGUGAGCACGAUAGCUUUUUUCAGCUUGGGGGUGAUUCCAUUUCCGCCAUGAUGCUCGCACAAGAAUCCGAGAGUAUACCAUCUCUGCAUUUCACCGUCGCGGAUAUUUUUCAAACCGUCAAUCUUUCUGAACUAGCACGGCGUGCCCAGACGAAAGCCCCAGAGAAGAAUUCCAGUGAUUCCGGCGUACCGAGACAUGUUCUACCGUUUUCGCUCUUGAGCCCAGAAAAGGUGGACGCCUAUAUCCAGAUCGCAGCGGAGCACUGUAAUGUGGAUGAGCCACAGAUUGAGGACAUAUACCCAUGCUCGCCGCUUCAGGCGCGCCUGAUGGCCAGAACUAUCAAGCAGCCAGGCGCUUUUCAGGGGCGGUUCACUUUCCAAUUGUCCCCAGACCUCGACAAAGACCGACUACGAUCGGCAAUUAUCCAUGCAUGGCAAUUAGGCGUCGAAAAUCCUCUUCAAGUUGUAGUCCGUGACAGGGACAUUGAAUGGAUUGAGGCGGAGACACAAAGCGAACGUGAGGCGGAAAGAGUCAUGUCAUUUGGCUCCCCACUUGUUUAUUUGGUUGCUCUGCGUGCGAGGCUCAUUUCUACGUUAACUGUCGUCAUUCAUCACUCAUUGUUCGAUCUGGUCGUCUUCGAGCAGAUCCUCAAGACGGUUGAAACUGCAUAUCAAGGAGAGGCUCUUCCCUCGCAACUAUUUGCACCCUUUAUCAAGUAUCUCGGAGAUUUGAAUGUGCCUCAAGCUUCCGAUUUCUGGAAGAAGGAAUUCGCCGGUCUCAAUGCAGUCCCGCUUCUUUCUAAGAAGAGCCCUGCGCGCUCGAAGCAUCCGUCUAUCAACUGGACUCGCAGACGAUCUCGUCUCCCCAAUCCUAAUCAGUUGGGAACCACAACGUCGUCGCUGAUUCGCCUAGCAUGGGCAAUGAUACUUUCUCAGUACACCGGUUCUUUGGACGUUGUUUUCGGCGUCACUGUCAUGGGCCGCAGCAUGCCUGGCACUGUUGACGUUAACGGCCCUACCAUCGCUACUUAUCCUCUUCGAAUCACACUUCACGAUGACCGCAAUGUCACCGUGAGCCUCGCAUCCUUCGAGCAGACUGGGAUGCAGCAGAUCAGACAGUCCAGCUGCGAGGCCGCCAUCGCUUGCGAGUUCCAGAGCAUGCUGAUUGUUCAACCACCGCCAGAAAAGACUCCCCUGGCCAGAAAGAAUUCGUUGCAGUUAAUGAUGAUGGAUCAGACCGAAUCUUGGAAGCAUAAGUUGUACGCCAGCUUCAGCACUCAAGCCCUGAGUGUCGUCUGUGAACCUGGAGCUGAUCAGUUGGAAACAACGGCAUAUUUCGACCGAAAUGUCUUAUCCUCACACCAGGUCACAGACAUGCUGAGAGGCAUGAAUCGUAUACUUUGCCUUCUUCUCCUCAAAACAACUCUACCGGCAUGUGAUUAUACCUACAGCCGUCACGAAAGCGUCUCCUUGGCCCGUCUGGAAAAAGCAGCUGGUGAAUACCUCGGACCCGGCAUCCCUGUAAUUGCGGACUGGGUUACACCACGGGUUGUGAGCUCAGAUUCAUUGUCAAAUAAUGGUUCGGUCCUGGCAAAGGUAGAAGAGCCGCUGCGUGCUCGUCUGAUCCAGGUUGUGCGUGAGCUACAACAAAGGUUCAUUGGGAAAGUCCCAUCUGUGACUCGCCUUCUCCUCGAUCGAGCUGGUGCACGAGAGGCUGCCGCCAAGCUCACCUGGGCAGGCUUAAUCUCAUGGCAGACUUCGCCGGGUUCCAUAGCUGGCGACGUCUUACUGCCCGUCGAGGUGAACGAUAUUCCCAUCGAAGAUAAUUUGUUCGCUGCCCAGUGCAACCUGGACGGUAUACAGGUGGCGGUUGCAGAUAUCUUUCAGGCCCCGACGCUCAGAUCCCUAGCUUUGAUGGUCAAGGGUCGCCCAGUGCAGCAUCCUCAAUCGACGGCACUGGCAAAGUUUUCUCUAUUGGAGCCGAUGGGAGCGCUUGGAAAGGCAAUCGAAGAUGCAUUUCCCUGCACCCUGUCGCAUCUGGGGCUUCUUUCUCAAUUGGGCAGCUGCCAAUCACAUACAAUCUGGGAGGUCGGGGGGUGUGAUGAGCGGAUCAACCCUACGCAUCUAGCCGAAUCUUGGUUGAAGCUUGUUGAACACCACGCAGCACUGCGGACCCUUUUGCUGCCCAGCCGGUCGAAUCCAGCACAGAUGCUUCAUAUCGUGCUCAAGGAGUCCUUCGAUGCUGUCGAGGUCUUGACCAACAUAGACGAUGCCAUUAUAUCGGAGAUUGCCGGACGGCCUCGCCUGUCGAGCUGCAACCAAGAAGGACUUCCGUACAAGUUCACAGUUUUCCAGAGCACAACUGGGAGGGUUCUCUGCAAGCUCGAGGGAAGGUAUGCCUUUCUCGACGCGACCUCAGUCAGUAUGCUCUUGACAGAUCUUCGAAGGUCUCUACAAGGUGUUCCGCUCGCGGAUGUAGCGGCCUGUCCCUACUCUUCAUGGGUAUCGUAUCAGCAAAGCUGGGCUAAGGACCCCUCACAUCUACAUUUCUGGGACCAUUAUCUGGCCAGUCUUCACCCAUGUAUGCUGGCCGGUACGUUUGCGCACGACAGCAACGGGCCGCUUUUACGUAGCCAGAAUCACGAGAGGAAGGCUGCUAUCAGGGGAUUUCGUCGACAGAUGCGAUCCCACCGCCAAACGCUUCUUCAGGACACCCGCGCCCUGCGCGAAUGGUGCGACCAGAGGGGAAUAACAAUCACCAACGUGAUAAAGGUUGCUUGGGCGCUUGUGCUAAGCGAACAAACGGGCCGAGACGACGUCUGCUUUGGAGCUCUAGUAUCCGGCCGCGAUGCACCCGUACCUCAUAUUGGCCGCAUGGUGGGCUCGUUCUUCAACGUCCUUGCCUGUCGCAUUGUAUUGCAAUCAGGCCCCGAUCAUCAGGUUCUCAACCAUGUCCUGCAGGCUAGUCACCGAUCACUGGGGGAACGUGCGUCCCACCAAUUCUGUUCAUUGAGUGAAGUCACAUGCCGGGUCCUUGGCGGAAAGGAAUCCGGAGCGCCCUCGUCCCUAUUCAACACCUGCCUGUCGGUUGAGCAGCCGCUUACCGAUCAGACCGGGCCGAUGGAUAGCUUUUUCAUGGUGCUGGAAACAGUUGAAGAGACUGAGGUAACAACCCCCUCUCCCUAUGAGUAGACUAUGACUUGCUAACAUACUUUGUGAAUAACAGUAUGACAUGGUUGUCGCCGCCACAGUGCUAUCUGACCGAAUUGAAGCU